AGUAGUUGUGUUGGUAUUUUGGUGGUGUGCGUGGAGCUCUUGUGGGAGGAGAUAUCUGACUCGUUCAACUGUCUAGUUUAUACAUAGUGGCACUAAAAACCACACAAAGAUUAUUAUUUACUAUGGCAUCACCAGAAGUAUUAAGUAGGCUAGAACAAAGAGCCGUCCAGGCAGAGCAAAUGAUCCAGGUGCUCACUAAACAGGUAGGACAGCUGCAGAAAGUUGCUGUGAGUGCUCUAAAGGAUGAAUUGAGAAGGGAGAAUCUAGAACUGCUACAAGAGGUGGAUAAAUUAAAGACUUGUCUGUUGAGUCAUGAGAAGACCCAAGGAAUUACACAGUAUUAUGACUUCACAAGCCAGAUGACACCAUCAAGUUCUGCUUGUGAUCCUCAGAUCCAGGCAGAUGUGAUUUCCCCACCAGUGCAGGCAUCACCUGCCCCUCAGACAAAUAAGCAAAACAAGGAGAAAGGUGACAAAAAAUCAGAGAAGAAAGAGAAAAAGGCAGGAGGAGGAGGAGGAAAGAAACAAGAAGAAGGUCCUGUGGAUGUUUCACGUUUAGACUUCAGAGUUGGGAGAAUUGUGUCUGCAAAGAAGCACCCUGAUGCUGAUACACUCUAUGUUUCUCAGGUUGAUGUUGGAGAGGAGAAGAUACGCACAGUUAUAUCUGGACUUGUAAGACACAUCCCAUUGGAGGAAAUGCAGAACCGCGUGGUAGUGUUACUGUGUAAUCUGAAACCAGCCAAUAUGCGUGGCAUUGCUUCUGAGGCCAUGAUAAUGUGUGCAUCUACUCCUGACAAGGUGGAGAUAUUGGCACCACCAGCAGGUAGCCAACCAGGUGACCUUAUAGAGUUUGAAGGAUACACUCGGAACCCUGAUGCCGUCCUCAAUCCAAAGAAGAAAAUAUUUGAAACUUGUGCCCCUGACUUGAAGACUGAUGCUAACAAAGUAGCCAUGUACAAGGGCAUUCCAUUUACUGUUCCUGGUAAAGGUAUUGUUUUAUCACAAACUAUGUCAAAUGUCCAAAUAAAGUAAAUAUAAAAUAAUACAUUUCUUUAAAGGGUUAACUUAUAUUUCUUUUCCUAACACUGGGGUAAAUGCAUUGCUUUUUCAAGAUUGUUUUGUACAACUUAGUCCAGUUUUAUGAAUACAAAUUUGAUACUUCAAACACAGCAAUGGUAGGACAGUAUUUUGGAUUGUUGACCCAGAAAUUUGUUGUAUGUUUAUAGGUGAGCUUGUUAUAAAUAAAUUUCCAUAUCUUCCUGUA